AUGUCAGCCACUUCGAGGAUCAUGCUGCCAAUGGCGCUUCUCUUGAGCUUUGCCAGCCUUGGACGAUCUUUUCAAGUUCUUUAUGUUGGGCCUCCGCGGACAGGGACCCAGACCAUGUACACAGCUUUGACUAUUCUGGGCCUGCGGCCUCUGCACAGCGGCUACAACAGAUCUGUCCGGGAGCCCAUGUGCAACUUCCUCUACUUCAAUGGGUCGAAGAAGGUCGCUUUGAACCUCCUCAAUGGAUUCGAUGCAGCCAUGGAUGAGCCAUUCCAGCUGAUGUACGACGCUGUCAUGGAAGAGUUUCCCAAUGCAAAGUUCAUUUUGCCGGUGACGACGGCCGAGCAAUGGAUGAAUUCCUACAACGAUUUUUUCGAGAAUAGCAAAUUUCCAAAAGAACGACGGGUCGCAGCUGCAGCGCAGAAGCGCCUGAAGAUCAAGCGGAAUACGACGCUGGAGUAUUUCGACCGACAGCAG